UCCAGCACUGGGCUGGUGGCGUAUAUCAUCACAUCGCCGAGGGAGCUCGGUCGAUUCUUGACCUCUCGCUUUCUCCGCCCAUCGACGCGCCCCCAUGGCGACGCUCGAUGGCAUCCGAUCCUCGCUCCUCCGUCAUCGUGCGCCCGCCCCCGACGCCGCCACCAGGCGGCGCAUCUGGUGGUCGUCCGCCGCGGCCAUCGUCGCCUGGGGGCUUCUCUUCUUUGUGCUCAUCCGGUCCCUCGGCGGAGAUCGGGAGGUGAGGCUGGAGGUGAAGCGGCAGCGGUGGGGGAGCACCGGGGGGCCGGAGGUGGUGGAGUCGGAGGUGGGAGUGGUGGCAGCGGACGACGGGCGGUGCUCGGAGAUCGGGGUGGCGGCGCUGCGGGCGGGAGGCCACGCGGUGGAUGCGGCCGUGGCGGCGGCGCUGUGUCUCGGGGUGGUGCAUCCGGUGUCGAGCGGGAUAGGUGGCGGCGCCUUCAUCGUCGUCCGAUCGGCGGAUUCCGGCGAGGCCGAGGCCUUCGAUUCUCGCGAGACGGCCCCUUCGGCGGCAUCGAAGAAUAUGUAUGACAAUAGUCCAUCAUCCAAGACCAAGGGUGCACUCUCAAUGGGGAUUCCAGGAGAGCUUGCUGGCCUCCACAAAGCUUGGUUGAAGUACGGAAGGCUCCCAUGGAAAGCUCUCUUUCAACCAUCCAUAAGCCUUGCAAAAGAUGGAUUCCUUGUUGUACCUUUUCUAGCAGAUGCUAUUAAGAAAAAGGAGGAUGAUAUACUAGCAGAUCAUGGGUUGCAAGAAUUGCUGGCACCAAACGGGAAAAUACUGCAGACAAAUGACACUUGCUACAAUCCUGCACUUGCCUACACAUUAGAAGUGAUAUCAACUGAGGGUCCAAAGGCAUUCUACAAUGGAAGCAUUGGUGAAAAAUUCAUUGAGGAUGUGAAAAAUGCUGGUGGGAUUGCAACGACGGAGGAUUUGAGUAGAUAUGCCGUAAAGGUCUCAGAAGCGAUGGUAGCCAAUGCUAUGGGGUAUACAAUACUCGGUAUGCCCCCACCUUCCAGUGGAACAUUGGGAAUGUCUCUGGUUCUGAACAUUUUAGGAAGCUAUGAGUCCUUGGAUGCUGUGAAAGGUUUGCUUGGUCUCCAUCGGCUCAUUGAAGCAUUCAAGCACAUGUUUGCCUUGCGGAUGAAUCUUGGGGAUCCUGAUUUUGUUAAAAUCAAUCAAUAUGUUACUGACAUGCUUUCUCCCUUCUUUGCUAAGAAAAUUCAGCAGAAGAUUGUUGACAAUACCACAUUUGAGCCAUCCUACUAUAUGGCAAGGUGGAGUCAGUUAAGAGACCAUGGAACAAGCCACUUGUGCAUUGUGGAUACUGAUCGAAAUGCAGUGUCUUUGACAACGACAGUUAAUUCAUAUUUUGGAGCUCGGGUGCUGUCAUCAUCAACAGGUAUUUUGCUGAACAAUGAGAUGGAUGACUUUUCUACACCAACAGAAGCAACUCCAGAUCAUCUUCCACCAGCACCAGCAAACUUUAUUGAGCCAAAUAAGAGACCACUUUCUUCCAUGGCACCUAUUAUUGUCCUAAAGGACAAUCAGCUUGCAGGAGUGGUGGGAGCCAGUGGUGGACUUAAUAUAAUUCCAGCAGUUGUCCAGGUUUUCCUAAAUCACUUUGUCCUAGGAAUGGAACCGCUAGCAGCUGUUCGGCAUCCAAGGGUCUUCCACAAGCUCAUUCCAAACAAGGUUCUUUACGAGAACUUCACAGCGAUUGAUGGGGAGAAGAUCGAGUUCGGAGAGGAGGCGAAGCUGUUUUUGGAGCAGAGAGGCCAUAUCGUCAGUAGCUUAUCAUCAGCUGCUGCCGUCUCCCAGCUUGUUGUGCAUAACCUUCAAGUGCCAAUUCUGAGCACCCACAGGAAAGACAACAGGAAGGUGAAGAAUGGUAACAACAUCUUCCACGGUAAGCUAAUCGCCAUCAGUGAUCCAAGGAAAGAUGGAAGCCCAGCCGGGCUUUAGGUGUCUCACAGGUGAUAAGAUUUAUUUAUGCCAAUCAACUUUUGGUCAUGUCAUAUAUUUGCUAUCAAGAAAUGUAUUUGAAGUGGCAACCAACGGCUUCACAUUAUGUAUGUGUACAAAAGCAAAUAACAGAUGGCCAGAAAUGACUCAAGGCGGCCCUUGCAGUA